CCCGAGUUUGGGACGGGAUUGUUCAAAAACACGAUUCAGUUGAAAAAGUUACAAGAGAAGCGAAAAAAAGAAGAAUUCCAUUACAUAUGAAAAUAUGACCACCCAAGUGACAAUUUGAGUGUGCGAACAUUUUGUGUGAUCUCAGUGCAUCCGAAAAAACAUUGGAAACGAAACCGAUUUUUGUGUUUCGGUUUGAUCAGUGAUUUCAGUUUUGAAGUAAAGCAUUUCAGUCGUAUUUUUCGUUUAGUUGUUGUUUUUCCUUUUCCAAGGCCGUACGAGAAAAAAAAAAUUACCCAAUCAGAAUUAUGCAGAUCAACGGCCAAUCAUUCAUAAUAUUGCUGGUGGUUUCGUUUCAAUCGGUUCGUGGCAAUCAAAAUGCCGCAUUUGACAAAAAUUACAGUGAUCGAUUAACGGAGAAUUAUAAUCAACAAUCAGCCCUCGAGCUUGCAGCUAACAAACAUUAUGAGAGUAGCAGGUUUCGUCGAAGCAGCAGCAGCAGCGGCAUCGUCGGCGGCGACGACAGCGGCGGCAGCACAGAAACUGGAUCAACUUUGAAUAGUGGUGCAAUUACUCUGCCCGAGGACAGUGACAACGAUGCAAAGAAACCAAUAAAUUUUCUACGGCUUUACUUUUGCGGUCCUGGAUACCAAAAUUGCAUGUAUGACGAUAGAUUGAACAACAUUCAAGUGCAGAAUAAAUUUCUCAAACAAAUCCCGCGCAUGGCUGAAAUAACACUUCCAACUAAUUAUUUGGAUUGGAAAUCGAAGCAGCUCAGUUUGCCAGUCAACGUAAAAGGUGCACAAAUUACGAGUCCGCCCGGACGACGUGAUCGUGGAUUUACUGGUGCAGAAGAACCACACUAUAUGCUCGUUCGCAGUGACGACACCGAUCCACGACAUUUGGGGCCUGAGUUUCUGGAAUUCGAUCCAUUUGUGCCUGCUCGCGGUAGACGACAGUCAAAACCUCAAACUUAUGAUGAUCCUUUUUACCCAAUGCGUGGUCGACGAGCUGAAGCACAAGCAUGGGAUGAUCCAUUCUAUCCGAUGCGGGGCAGACGUGCCGAUAACAAUGCUAACGCUUGGGACGAUCCAUUUGUACCGAUGCGUGGCCGACGCACACCAAAAGAUAAUAGUAAACGUGCCAAAGCUAAACCUUGGGACGAUCCCUUCAUUCCGAUGAGAGGCCGCAAAUCGAGCUGGUCACCAGCAGCCAAAAGUAUCGCUUACGACGAUCCAUUUGUACCGAUGCGAGGUCGCAAAUCGGCCGACUAUGACGAUAUAUUCUAUCCGAUGCGAGGACGACGAUCAAUUCAACAAAAAGAUCAACGACGGAAGCGAAGCUUGUUGGCAUCAACAGGGUCAUUCAAUGCUGUUUACACACCCUCCGAAGAAGUCAUUGUCAAGCUAAAUGGCGUUCAAGAUAAUCCAAAAACCACACAUACUUCAAAGAAUCAUUUGGUCGAUCUGCUCCAUCCAAAAGCUAAACUGAUUGAAGGCACGACUUCGCAUACAGUGUUAAAUGGAAAACAUUAUCAACAACAGCAACAGCAACAGCAACAACAUCAACAUCAAAAGAAAUCGUAUUUCUUGCUCGACGACUUUGCUACAAAUCCUGAUGACGGUGAUAACGGAUUGAUGAAUGACUAUGCGACGGAUUAUUACGUGGAAUCACCGCAAAUGAACAAAAACAAAAUGAACGAGAACAAGCAACGAUGGAUGAAAUCAUCAAGAGAUUUGUCACAAAAUCGUGAUGCAGGCAAUUUAGCACGUGGGAGUGGAACAUCACUCUUAUUUUAAAAUGCAAAACGUACCAACGAAAGAGAGACACAUACACACAAUGAAGAAUGAACCGCAAACAAAUCGCAACCAGAGGUAAAAAAGCACACACACACACACACACACACACACACACACACACACACACACACACACACACACACUGUAAGAAGAUGGAAAAAAGAAAAAAACAAAACAAUACACAAUGAUUCACACAUAAAAUAAACAACACAGAGAAGAGAAAAAAAAGAAUGGAAAAACGGCUUGCAAAAUGGAAAAAAGGGCAGUGAAACAAGUACAGAAUAAAAACAAAUUCCAAAUAACAGAAGAGAAAAACUGAGCAUAACCUAGACUGACGCUUUCGUAAUCAACAAACGGCAACUGGCGUGGAAAGAAAAUAAGGAGCGCGAGAACCGGAGGGAAACAGGAACGACAUUGCAUAAAGACACGUGCAAUGCAUAAACAUGCACCGAACUAAUG